AUGGAAGAAAAAGAAUCCAUCCCAACUAAAUACGACGACGCAUUGGACUAUCUCCAAACCCACAGCCAGGAUGUAGACAGCAUCGAUCUGCCGGCUCUUCGCCGAAAGGUCGACUACCGUAUCAUCCCAUUCAUGUUUGGGUGCUUCUUCCUGCAGUCGCUGGAUAAGAUGCUGCUCAAUUACGCCGGCGUAAUGGGCCUCAAAACCGACCUCAACCUCACCGGCAAUGACUUUUCCAACACGGCGACUUGGCUGAACAUUGCCUGUCUCAUUGCUGAGAUUCCAAACGUCUACUUUCUGCAGAAAGCACCCCCAGCCAAAUGGCUCGGCCUCAACAUCCUCCUCUGGGGCACCGUCGUCGCCGCCUCAGCAGCAACAACAAGCUACACCACCCUGCUGACCGCACGCAUCUUCCUCGGCUUCUUCGAAGCAACCCUCGGUCCGUCGCUCAUGCUCCUCAGCAGCCAGUACUACACGCGCGACGAACAAUCCCUCCGCUUCACAUUCUGGUAUCUGGGUUUAGGUCUAGCGCAGAUCAUCGGCGGCGUCAUCUCAUUCGGGUUUCAGUAUGUGCGGCAUGCGUCCAUGGCGGGGUGGAGAUUGAUGUUUCUCGUGCUGGGGGUUGUCACGGCCGCUGUUGGGGGGUUGAUUGUGUUGUUUAUGCCGGAUACGCCGAUGAAGGCGAGUUGGUUGGCGGAGGGGGAGAAGGUUGCGUUGCUGAAACAUGUGAGUGUUAAUCAGACGGGAGUGAGGAAUUCGAAUGUCGGGUUUUGUUGGAGGCAGAUAUGGGAGGCCGUGCUGGAUGUGCAGAUUUGGUUGUGGUUGUUGAUUGCCACGCUGAGCACAAUAACCAGCGGCGUCGUAGCAACCUACUCGACCACCCUCAUCGCCAACUUCGGCUUCUCCCCUCCCCACGCCGCCCUCCUCAACACCCCCUCCGGCCUGGUCAGUAUGAUCUUCACCCUCCUCGUCGGCACCGGCAUCCGCCGCACCGCCCACCGCUGGCUGUACAUCAUCGCCACCUCCCUCCCCGCCAUAACCGGGGGCUGUCUCCUCGCCUUUCUCUCCGAGUCCAACAAACCCGGCAUGCUGAUCGUCGUGUACCUCGUCAACUCCGCCGUGGCCGUCUACCCGAUCAUCCUGCAGUGGGCGGCGGCGAACUGUGCCGGCGCGACGAAACGCGCGUUCACGGGACCGCUCGUCGCAGCGGGCUUCUCGGCGGGACAGAUUAUCGGGCCGCAGACUUUUCAGGCGAGGGAUGCGCCGGGGUAUAAGCCGGCGAAGGUGGUGGUUGUGGGUGUUAAUGCUAGUGUGGCGGUUGUGGCGGGUGUUUUGGUGGGUUAUUAUGUUUGGGAGAAUCGAAGAAGGGAUAAGGUGAAGGAUGAGGUUGAUGAGGUGGAUGCGAGAUGGGCGGGUUUGACGGAUAAGGAGAAUCGGGCGUUUCGAUAUGUUUAUUGA